AUGUCGUCGGAGCAGGAUUACCAGGACCUCUUCGGCCCGCAGGCCAAAAAGGCGAAACGGGGACGGCCGUCUCUCGCGCCAUCAGCUGACGUUUCCUUCGAGGAACAGCUCCAGACCGACAAAUCGGCCAAUGCCAUCCGGAUCCGCGACAACCAGCGACGGUCACGCGCCCGGCAUAAAGAGUUUGUCGACGAGCUGCAGCGAAAGGUCCAGGAAUACGAGAAGCGGGGGAUCGAGGCUUCAGUGCAGAUGCAGAAGGCCGCCCGCGACGUGUCCAUCGAGAACGCGCGCUUGAAAUCUUUGCUCGCCAGCAGAGGUGUUUCGGGCGAACAGGUGGAGGCGUACUUGAGGUCCUUUGACGACGACAACAAAGGCUCACCAGCGGCACCACCCGGAGUUCCUCUCCCGACGGGCAUUCAGGGCGAGCAGGCGGACGCUUUCAUGAGGAAUUUCGACGACGAUACCAAAGCAUCGCCUGCUGCACCCCUGCCAGCGACGCUGCCUCCCAUCCUCAGCAACCCCGUCACCCUCGAACCAUCGACGCAACUCCCGCCUUUGCAGGAGCAUUUCAGCAAGGCGAGGUUCCCGCCCGAACCUGAGCCCGAGACGAACGGCACCAAGAGGAAAUACGGCGAGGCUUUGAUGCCACCGGUUCUUACCCUGACGCCUACCCCGGACGUGCAGCAAAGCUCCCCGCUCGACAAGCUGACCAUGCUUGCCAACGCGAGCCUUAACAGGGUCACGCAGCUGGCCCCGAAGCAGAAAUUUCAAGAGUCUGCAAGGAGCCCCCAUUACUACGACAGGAGGAGCCAGACGCCUCCCCGUCCGUCAGAAUCACAUCAUCCCCCGCAGGCAUCUCCACAUGAAAUGUCAUGCAACGCCGCAGCGCAAAUUAUCGCCGACAUGCAGGGCUACGGCGACCAGCGCACCGCCCGCAUAGCUCUGGGAUGCCGCUCCCAGGAGGACGAGUGCUUCGUAAAGAACACGGCCGUCUUUCGCGCCCUCGACCACCGGUGA